AUGGGGGUUGACAUAAAGUUCAACGAGGAAGCCAUUAAUGCACACAACGCUUAUUUUGACCAUUUUGCAAAUUAUGCCAUUGUGGGUUCGCCCCCCUGUUCCUUUUCUUGCCUCUGUGCUGCUUGCAGUCUUCGGAGUUUACACGGCUGUGCUCCACUUGCCUACGACGCAGAACUAGCGCAACAGGCCCAAAGCUAUGCGGAAACUUUGGCGCAAAAGAACAUGAUGGUUCACAGUCAUUUACCAGGUGUUGGUGAGAAUCUGGCUACACGGAGCAGCACGGGACCAGCCGACCUAAGUGCUACCGAUACCUCUCUCAUGUGGUACAAGGAAAUUCUGGAUUAUCAAUUUACGGGAAAGGACCAAAUAGCAUGUGGUCACUUCUCGCAGGUGGUCUGGAAAGAUACCAAAUUUGCCGGGUUUGGAGUGGCAAAGACAGCGGAUGGGCAUGGCGUGUUCGUAGUUGGUCAGUACAAUCCCCCCGGCAACUUUAUGGGUCAGUGGGGUAGCCAGGUCCCAGUUCCCAUAAAUGGGUUGAUCGUCGUGCCUACAGCGGAUGAACUGAUGCGUAAGUCAAUUUACCAGAACCGAGGCUUACCCCUGUUUAGCGUUAAAAAUACACGUUACUUACCGAAGCUUAGUAGCAUGUGA